ACACUUGAAAUUAUUAUGGGCGCUUGGUUAUUGAUUGUGCUUUCGUUUAUUUUUCAUCAUCAAUUCGAGGUUCUUGGAUUGGCUACUUCAUCUGACCAUGAUUUCAGUUAUAUGAACUCUGUAUACAAUGCCACUGAUCUACCAAUAAGAGAUGAGUAUGACUAUAUAAUAGUUGGAGGUGGAACAGCAGGUUGUCCUUUGGCUGCGACUUUGUCAGCGAACUACUCGGUUCUUGUCGUUGAAAGGGGCAGUGCUCCUUCAUCAUACCCAAUGGUGUUGACCGCAGACGGUAUAUUUGGUAAUCUCUUGCAGGAAGAUGAUGGUAAAACACCGGCUCAGAGGUUCACUUCAGAAGAUGGUGUUGCAAAUGUUAGAGGAAGAAUCCUUGGUGGGACCAGCAUGAUCAAUGGUGGAUUCUUCUCCAGAGCUGAUGACCAGUUCUAUAAUGAAUCUGGCAUUAACUGGGACAUGGAUACGGCCGAGGAGGCAUAUCAAUGGGUGGAAGACACCAUUGUUUUCCAUUUGAAUCUAUCAGCUUGGCAAUCUACUUUCAAAGAUGGUUUGCUUGAAGCAGGAGUCACUCCUGACAAUGGGUUCACUCUGCAACACUUAGUAGGAACAAAAUCUUCCGGUUCAAUCUUCGAUAACGAGGGAAAGAGACAUGGAGCUGUGGAGCUUCUUAACAGAGGAGUACUGGAGAACCUGAAAGUUGCAGUUGAGGCCUGGGUGGAAAGAAUCAUCUUCUCUUCCAAAGCAUCAGGUGUAUCGGCGAGUGGAGUCAAAUAUAGUGAUUCACAAGGAAAGACUCAUACGGCAUUGGUAAGAGAUGGAGGAGAGGUGAUAUUAAGUGCAGGGGCAAUUGGGAGCCCUCAGCUUCUUCUGCUGAGUGGGGUUGGUCCGUUUGCUAAUCUUUCCUCACAGGGAAUUUCGGUUGUCUUGGAAAAUCCAGAUGUGGGAAACCAUAUGGCUGAUAAUCCCCGUAAUAAUGUCAACAUUGUAGUUCCAUUUGGAUUGGAUCCAUCAAUUCCACAGGUGGCAGGGAUCACCAAUGAAUUCAAUUACCUAGAGUCAAGCUCCUCCAUCAUCCCAUUUUCUUUUCCUCAACCUUUUAGCCUUUUCCCAAAUGGAACUUCUCCCUUAGAAUUAAGUGUUGUAUUCAUCGUUGACAAGUUCGCCGGACCCCUGUCGAGUGGAUCCCUCUGGCUGGUUUCGUCGGCCGAUGUCAAAGUCAGCCCUGCCGUCCGAUUCAACUACUUUGAAGAUCCAGAGGACCUUGCUCGCUGUGUAAGGGGAAUGAGGUUGGUGGGUGAUAUGCUCAAGACUAGCUCCAUGCAGGGAUUCAAGUUUGAAGAUUUAGAAGGUGCUGAAGGUUUCAAGUUUCUAGGACCUGCUUUGCCAAUUAACCAAUCAGAUGAUGCAUCAAUGGAGGAGUUUUGUCGAAGCACAGUGACAACCAUCUGGCAUUACCAUGGCGGAUGCUUGGUGGGAAAGGUGGUGAAUGGUGAUUUGAAGGUGGUGGGUACAAAUUCACUUCGAGUAGUAGAUAGUUCCAUAUUCAAUUCAUCACCCGGCACCAACCCUCAGGCCACCCUAAUGAUGAUAGGCCGGUACAUUGGACUUAGAAUCUUGCAGGAAAGAGAGGCCGCCAAAUAGACUGAAUGUUAUGAUCAUAUUAUAUAGAUAUAUAUAUAUAUAUAUAUAUAGAAACUAUCUAAAUCAGGGAAAUUAAUUUGCUUAAGAUCAUUUUGUAUACAUGACAGGUGUGUUGUUCAAUAAGUCGUUGUGGUCUGUGUGCAAUUAUAUUAUAAUGUUUUGAAAAACUUAUAACUUGUACAGGUUCACUGUUUUGAAACCUGAUUAUAAUAAAAGUACAAUAAACUUUUAGAUCUUUCUCUCUCUCUCUCUCUCUCUCUCUCUCUGCUUGCUGCAACACUCUACAAAUGCUUUGCUUUU